AUGGGAUACAUUUAUGGUGAUCUUCUCAAAGCAAAGCAAGAUAUUGCAGUACGCUUAAAUGGAAAUGAGAAAAAAUAUGGUCCUAUUUGGGGAAUCAUAGAUGCAAGGUGGGACAGCAAGCUUAAGACUCCAUUGCACAAAGCUGGGUAUUUCUUAAAUCCAGGUUUCUUCUAUGACAAUAAGAAAGAAAUGGAGGAUGAAGUCUUGAUGGAAGCUGUUGUACAAUGUGCAACUCAAAUGUACCGUGAUGAUAUAACAAUGCAAGAUAAUAUUGUUUCUCAGCUUACUAUGUACACUGAAGCCACAGGUUCUUUUGGAACACCGAUGGCUAUAAGACAAAGAAAUAUUCCAACAAUUUCCCCAGCGAACUGGUGGUCUGUACAUGGAGGUAGUGCAAAGGAUCUAAGGAAGAUGGCUGUGCAUUCUAAGAAAAGAAAUAGAUUGGGUCAGCGUAAACUAAAUGCUCUUGUCUUCGUCAUGUUCAACAAGAGGCUGCAAUGGAAGUAUUCUCAAAAGGAUAGGGACCCCUUGGUUGCGGUAUUCAUUGAUGAUGAGUCAACAAAUGAAUGGAUUGUAGAUCCUAAUGCACCAGCACCACAAUUAGAAGAUGAUGCUCAGAGUGGUAGUGUGAGAGAGGAAGAUGAAGGGAACAUUCCUUAUGCAGAUGGAGAUGGUUCAAAUGACCAUGAGGCCGAUGAUGUUGCUUCUGACAACGAAUGA